CUCAGUGGGCAAGAGAACUGGUGUGAGAUGGACCUCCGCCCUCUGCCUAAGCUUCUGUGGACCAAUGAUAGCAAACAACUGCACCAUCAUUUCCCAGAUGUCUUUGCUACUGUUCACACCACUCAGGAUAUACCAGAAGAAGCCACUUUUGGGCCAUGUAUGCUCCAGAACACAUUUCUAGACACCAUAGCAUUCAUUGCUCUUAAAUGCUUGGACAGAAGGAAUAUCCACUAUGUAUUUAAGGUGGAUGUCAACUCCAUCCAUAGUCCCACUGGAUUAACAUGGAUGAGACUUGUUCAGGCAGCAUGCAGUAGCAAGGAGCAGAACCUAGAAGCCUACCUGGAAAACAGUCAGUUGUAUUUCCGCCCCACAAGGAAGAUCAGUCAAAAUGAAGAGCUCUUUGUUUGGUAUGAUGAAGAACUUUCAUGCCUCCUAGGUUUCCAGGAUAUUAAGGCCAAAGCUCUCCAUAAAGACUACAGAUGUCUAGAAUGCAACCAGACCUUUAAGUGUGAGCACUCCUAUCUCUCGCACAUUCGUUUCCUCUGUUCUCCUGGGAAAGUCCCCUUGGUGAUGAGCUCUCCAGAUGCCAAAGCUCCCCAUUCCAGGGAUCUGGACCAGUCUACCAACUUCCACAACCUAGCCAGAGACCUGGAGGUCAAAAUGUCCACCCAGAAAGAAGGUCCCCUUCAUAGCCCUUUGCCUGAAAAGGGGCUACAAACCAAUGAAGCUGAGCCCAGCCAGGUCCAGAAAAUGGUGUUACUGGGGAAAACAAACCAUUUGAGCAAAGGAGUGCCCUCUGUUCCCUGCAGCAGGGAUGGAGGGGCUGAGCAUGUGUUGUCAGCUGCCAUAUGGAAACUCAACCCAGUGAAGCAGUCAUCCAAGAAGACCCCCUGGGUUCAGAAACCCAGCGCUUUCACUGAGGUCAAGAGACUAAAUGACAAACUUCAGAGUGAGAGAGCUAGAGAGGAGGACCAAGGCAACGGGUCAGACCAACUUGGCAAAGAGCAGCAACCAAUGGAUUGUGUCCUGAGUGGGACCAGUAGUGCUUUUUCCUUUGUGUGGCCCGCCCGAGCCUUUGGGGAACUGGGGAGUGCUUUCAGCAAACCAGUCAAGUGUCUGGCCCAUAGAACAGCAUUAAAUUCCCAGAUCCCAGUCAGCAACUCGGCAGAAGCCUUAGGGGAUCUGUCAGGGUUCAUUAACACCAUGGAUGCUAUGUGUUGUGGAAAUCUUUUGAAUUCCAAGUUUUCCAUCAGCGAUUUGUGCAACUUGCAAAUGUUACAGGAGUGGACCCCCCAGUGCCACACUUUCCCAUAUGCUUCAGAACUGUGGCCAAAACCGGUAGCUCAAUUCCACAUAUCUCCAUCGUCAUCGACCUCCUCUGUCUCCUCUGGCCCCUCUUUAACGCUCCUGCCACCCACAUUCACGUCGCUGGGCAUGGCUACCCAGAACUGGUGUGCAAAAUGUAACCUCUCCUUCCGCAUGACAUCUGACUUGGUAUUUCACAUGCGAUCACACCACAAGAAAGAAUAUUCUUCUUCCGAGGUGCAGGCCAAGAGAAGGAGGGAAGAGAAGCUGACCUGCCCAAUUUGCCAUGAGUAUUUCCGAGAGCGCCACCAUCUAUCUCGGCACAUGACUUCUCACAAUUAGAGAUGCAGCUGUAGACUGAUUCCAUUGCAUCCCACGUGCAACUUGCUGAACAGAGGAAUGGUCCUUGAAUUUCUUUCUUUAAGGAAAACAGCUAUGUACAGUGACUGGCCAUGCUGUCUCCUUGCUCAAGGAUGGGAUAUUUCCAAAUGGUCAACAAGGUUUGGCUUUAGUUUGAAAAAAUCAACCCAGAUCAGAGAUUCACAGAACUGUAGCACUAAAAGGGAGCUGAGUGGCCAUCUUGUUCAACCUUUACAUAUAAGUCCUUGUUAAUAUAUAUUUUUAUGGGAUGAAAAUAGUGAAAUGAAGCUAAUAUUAUUGUUGAUUCUCAAUCAUUGUAAUUUCCAGACUUGUGUGUUGGUAUAAUACAGACUUUGUAACCUUU